AUGGGAGACAGCCGCAUCGGCAAGAGCAGCAUCUCUCGGAGUUACGAACAAGGAUACAUUGACGCUGAUCAUCAAUCAACGUUAUUUGAGAAUUACGUUGUACGCCAUAAGAUGGAUGGGAAGGAGUUCAUUAUCAGCAUGUUCGACACGGCUUCGGAGAAAACCUUUGAGAAUCUUCGUUCCUUCACAUACUGUGAGAGUGAAGUCCUGCUUCUGUGUUUCUCCACCUGUGACCGGGAGACGUUGGCCAGCAUCAAUGACCUGUGGAUGCCAGAACUUAAGAGACACUCCAAACAUUCCAAACAGAAGAGACCGAUCAUCCUCGUGGGCACCCAGAUUGACCUCCGGGUCGGGAAUGAAGACAGCGAGGUCAGCACGGACGAGGGUGUCCAACUGGCCAAGGACAUUGGUGCUGACUGUUAUGUGGAGUGCUCGGCUCGCGACCAGAAGGGUUUGAAGGAAGUCUUUCAGCAUGUUGUCUUCUCCGCUCUGAAAUUCAGAAAAAAGAAAACCAACAUAAUCAAGAAAAUAUUUCGGCGAAGGAGCACAAAUUGA